AUGGAUGGGCAUUUGCAGUCAGACCCGGUACACAUACUUUCCUCCCAGGAAAUACCAUCCUCUCCCCCAUCCAUCGUAUCGGAGGCUGGGGCUCGACGAAAACCCAGGAGACCACCUCCAGUCACACCACGCUCGUUCAAGAAAUUUUUCACACCUCGAUCGUCUCUUCACUCGGCCAACAAGGGUAUACAGACAAGUCGACAUGUUUUGAGAGAACUCAGCUCUACGUCCUUGAACAGACGGGGCCCGGCCUUCACUAAAGCUGCAACGUCCCAAGCUGCUGGCCACGGCAUUCUCAAAAGUCCGUUUACAGAAACAACAAAAACACCUAGUAGGAAACGAAAACUGUCCUUUUCCUCGACGGGAUCUCCUCCGCAGUCGUCGCCAUUGAGAAAGGUACGACUUACCACAACUCUCUAUAAUGAACGCCACACCAAUGAAAUUGUGGACGAGAUUGGUCCACCCAUCUCACCCUUGAAGGCCCUUUCGCCUCCAAAGUCUCUCCAGAAGCAGCUGUUUCCCGCGAAGCCUCCAGCCGGCCCUUUGCGUCGAUCAAAAGCUCUUGCUUCGACGGGAGAACUAUGUUUGCGAAGCGUAUCUGGCCGUAUGAAUCGGUUAACAAUGCGCUCAAACUAUGGGUAUGGUUGGCAAGAUCAAGCUUCCAACUUUUACUCCCGGCCUGAAGACCAACAUCAGAGCGUUAAUAUAACUGGCGACCGUCUUGCACUUCCUGUCUGUAUAGCACCCUGCAAAACAAACUCUCUCGUAGCGAUCGGUGAUGAAGAAGGCGGUAUCCGCCUGCUCGACUCCGCAAAAGAUGUCAAAAACGGCUUUUCAAAUGCUCAUUUGUCGUUUCGUGCGCACGGAAACUCUAUUCUGAACCUUGAGUUUUCUUCGGACGAUCUUCUCCUUGCAACUGCUGCCGGUGAUCAAACGACCCUUAUAAUAGACAUACAAACUCAGAAACCUAUUCAUUGUUUGUCUAACCACACCGCCUCCGUCAAGCAUGUCCAAUUCCAACCCGGCUCUAACAACAGGAUGGUUGCCACUUGCAGUCGUGACGGUACCGUCAAUAUAUGGGACUUGAGAUGCCGAGGUUAUGAAAUGCCCUCGUUACAAGUUCGCUGCUCUCUUGCAUCCGACCCAGAUGAUGAACCGUCGGCUCCUUUACCGAAAAUAAAUUAUCCUCAACCCGUGAGGACAGUUCAGGAUGCUCAUACAUUUAUGCCCAAGGCUUUGAAAUUGACAGGGGACAAGCCAGAGACUCAGUUUUCUCAGGAUAAUGUCACUGUGACAUCUCUCUCAUUUCUACCUGCUGGCCGUGAAAAUUUAUUCGUUACAGCAUCGUCAACCAAUGCUUGCGUUAGACUAUGGGAUAUGCGUACAUCUUAUAAUAUUCGCAAAGGACAUCCAGUCCCACUAUCCACGACUCGUGAGCCUGAUUGCCACGUCAGUCAUAGAUCUUGGGGUGUGACAUCCAUGGCUUUAAAUGGCGAUGGGUCUAGAUUAUACACUCUUUGCCGAGAUGCUUAUGUCUAUGCCUAUUCUACCUCACAUCUGAUUCUCGGUGGAUCUCCGGACAUGAACAUGAACAAUACUCGACCUCGCCGAACUGGUGGUCCUAAUAAAGAAGGUCUUGGGCCUCUUUACCGCUUCGGUGAUCCCGGACUGCAGGUCUCAUCUUUUUAUGUUAAAACAGCACUGCGGCCAGCGAAAGAUGACCGAGGAGAAAUGCUCGCAGUGGGAAAUAGCGAAAGUUCGGCAGUUUUGUUCCCUACUGACGAGCGGUUUUUGGAGCCGACCAACUUGGCGGACCAACCCGAACUUCCUCCAAACACUCAAGCUCCAUUGGGAAGACCUGGGCUGCGACGCACCAAUUCCGAAGUUGGGCUUUCUGGACGGCCAGAGAGUGCAAUCCCCACCUAUCGAACUGGAACUCGACUUGUCGAGGGACACCAGAAAGAAGUUUCGGCCGUGUCCUGGGCUCAUGGUGGCGAACUAGUCACGGUCAGUGAUGACUUUAGCGCAAGAUGCUGGCGCGAAGGACCAGAUGCUCGCGACCUUCGAACCGGAGGCGAAGCAGACGGACGACGCUGGCGCUGUGGCUGGGCUGAUACUAAAGACUCUUAUGAUGACGAGGAAGAAUAA